AUGCCGGCUGACUACUUGGAGCUCUUCUGCGCCGUUUACGCUCAGGUCCACGACAGUCUGUACCACUGGGCCUUUGCCAUAUACACGCAGGGAAGUUCGAGCCGCGGCUGGCACAUCUACGAAGUCGUCCAGGAGAGGAGAGUCUGUGGCGGACGCGAGUAUAGAGCGGUGCACCGGCAAGCGAACCCGAACCGCAGCACCAGCUGUCUGAAGCCGCUCGUGCCCCUCGGCCUCGUCCACAAAAGCAAGUGGGCGGCAAUCACGGAGAAGAUCGAAUCGGUGCCGAUCGCGGUCCCGAGAAGGAGGCGGUGGAACUGCCAGAGCUACGUGCUCGACAUCUGGAACCGACUGCUCAUGUGUCGGAUCGUCGACGGCGAGGCCUGGCAGCGAGGCCGGGAUAUGAUGCUGCCAUAUCACGGCCAGGCCCGCCUCUGCGGAUACAGCGAAAAGGAGGGAGAGCGACGAUUCACAUCAAACGAGUUCGUUUACGAUUCUUCCGAUGAGUAG